AUGGGAGCCUCCAGUGACAAGCCGUCUCUCCUGUCAGGUCUGCUUGUGUUCUCGCUGUGUGUCGUCUCGUCUCUCUGCCAGGAGGAAUAUUCUGGAUACCACUCAGUUAGGGCUCGUCCGGGAUUUGAACCCGGGACCUCUCACACCCGAAGUGAGGAACACACCUAUGAAGGCUCCGUGGUCAACCGCCACGACGGCUUAGCCUCUCCUCAACCAGAGUAUCCGCCUGACCCGACUCACAGCUACGACGAGGACCAGAGGCCCGAGGACCCCUAUGGUCCUGAACCCACCCAGGUCACCAUGAUCACCGAGGACGCCUUCCCCUACGCCACCACCGCCGAGUCCCACUACGCCAAGGAGGACACGGAGACCAUGCAGGUCCCGUACGAGUAUCCUCCAGCAGGACCGGACACCGACACCUCGGAGGAGUCUGGGGGCGACGCAGACCUCGGAGAGGAGGGGCCGACCGCGUGCGACUGUGAACCCGGACAGCCUGGAUUCGCUGGCUUCGCGGGACCAAAGGGAUCCAGAGGGCUGCACGGUAAAACUGCAGAGCCAGGAACUCAAGGCAGAGAGGGUUAUAAAGGAACCAAAGGGGUCCGGGGGAGAGGAGGAGACACCGGACCAGUGGGCGACGCUGGACCUGAAGGAGAUGACGGAGCGUCUGGUUUCUCUGGAGCCAUGGGAGAACCUGGACUUAUAGGAGCCCGAGGUGAGCAGGGAGAGCUGGGACUGAAGGGGGACUUCGGUUUGGAGGGACCCCGCGGAGGAGUCGGAGGUCCUGGUGAGACUGGCCCUCGUGGUGGCGCUGGGCCUCCGGGACCAAACGGAGGUACAGGUAUCAAGGGGUCUCUGGGGGACAAAGGCAGAGAGGGUCCUCAGGGACGAGACGGACUGAAGGGUCAGAUCGGAGCUCCUGGUUUUCCCGGUGACGUCGGCGACAACGGAUACACUGGUUACACUGGACAGACAGGAUCCAUCGGACCCAGUGGACCAAAGGGCGGUGAAGGUUUUGGCGGCCUGUCGGGCAGUGAUGGCGACCCCGGAGAAGAUGGUCCCGUAGGAGUCCCGGGUGUGAUGGGAGAUCCUGGACAGUUUGGAAUCAAGGGCAGUAAGGGGGAUCGUGGAGUGAAAGGACCUCGAGGCAGAGUGGGCGCCGGGGGAGCUGAAGGAGAGCGAGGAGAUGCCGGAGUACCAGGGGCGCUGGGAUCGAAGGGCCUGCAGGGCCAGACUGGUUCCAAAGGUGAGACGGGACCCAAUGGUGGCAAGGGUGCAGCAGGGAAGAAGGGCAUUAAAGCUGUUAAAGGACAAAAGGUGACGUCAUCUGUUUACAAUCUGACGAUGAAACUGCCUCAUACCGGCAGCGUGGGAGACGGAGGAGACAAAGGACAGCGUGGACCAAAAGCUGCAGUCGGUCGCGGCGGCAUCCCCGGCCCCGGCGGAUCGGCCGGCGUCCCGGGUACCAGAGGAGAGCGCGGUGCCAUCGGUGACCUCGGCGUUAAAGGCCAAGCAGGACCCAAAGGAGUUCCUGGUGCCUCUGGUCCUGGUCUGACUGAUGAGCAGGUCCUGCAGCUCUGCAGAGGCGUGGUCACGGCCCAGAUCUCCCAGUACGCCGCCUCCAUCCGGGCCAAGUGCUCCCAGGGCUGCCCCGUCAACAACCGGAUCCUCAUCGGACCGCCGGGGGGACAAGGGCUGUCGGGGUCACCGGGGAAAUCUGGCAAAGCAGGAAAAACCGGAGUGAAAGGAGCCAGAGGAGCUCAAGGUGACAGAGGACUGGAGGGACAGAAUGGAGCGCAGGGCGACAGAGGUCAAAAGGGACCUAAAGCCAGCACAGGAGAUCCAGGUAAAGGUCUGACGGGACCCGACGGACCACAAGGCAUCAGAGGUUUGCCAGGUCACUCAGCAGAACCCAAAAACGGCAUGGAGGGUCCCCGAGGUCCCCGCGGGUUCCCCGGCCCGGUCGGCCAGUCCGGCAUGCUCGGGGUUGCAGGCGUGCCAGGUUUCUGCGAGGCGCGGGACUGUAGCAUUCACUCGCCGGUGGCACGCAAAGAGCAGGGUCUGGUGAAAGGACCAGUCAGUGAGCAAAUGUGA